AUGGAUUAUCCCAAAAUGGAUUAUUUUCUGGACGUUGAGUCUGCUCACAGACUUUUGGAUGUAGAGUCGGCACAGAGGUUCUUCUACAGCCAAGGGGCCCAAGCUCGCCGGGCGACCCUGCUCCUGCCUCCCACAUUAAUGGCGGCUUCUUCGGAGGAUGACAUAGACCGGCGGCCCAUCAGAAGAGUCCGCUCCAAGAGCGACACGCCAUAUCUCGCAGAGGCCAGGAUCUCCUUUAACCUGGGGGCAGAGCUCGGGGUCCAGCAUGGCGGCAGCGUGAAAACUGCCGAGCUGCUCUCCAUGAUUCAGGACUAA